CUUUGCCGAACCUUUCUUUUGCAGGUUUCUUUUGCUCUGUUUUGCUUGAGGCAACGUAAUUCAUAUCAAGCGAACUCCUCAGUUAAGUUGCUGAAGCCGUUGGCUAAAAUUGGUGGGCACGACUGUCAGUUGAGCUCUUUUGAUCAUUCUAUGCAUCAUGUCCAAGAAUGUGUGUCCCAUGUGGCUGAAAUUGUUGAAAGUUCAAGAAUGAAAGCUCGGUCAAUGGUUAAUUCUGCUAUGCAGGCCAUGUCAUCCUUAAGAAAAAGGGGGAAAAGCAUUGAGAGGAUUGAGGACGCAAUAGAUUUUGUAAAUAACCAGCUUUCGGUGGAUGAUUUUUGUCUGCCUGCUCUGAGGUCGUCUACCCCAUUAGACUCAGUCCACAGUACAGUAACUUCUCACGAUCUUCCGACUGCCUGUGUGUCAUAUCCGUUGGCAACUAGUCCCAUACCCGAUGUAAAGAUGCAAAAUUUUUCUGACCAAGAUGAUCUUAGAAUCCCUUCAGACAUUAUCGUGUAUUGUGUAGCCACCUUGCUCAUGAUACAGGUAAUCAUCGGAGUAGCUCCUAAGUUUUUGUCAGGAGUUCUCGGCACAACUCUUUUUUUUUUUCGUAUUUGGUAAUCUGAUUGCCUGUUAAUUGUAAAAUCUGAUUCUGAUUACUUUCACCCCCAAAAAAAUAUUGCAGAAAUGUACAGAAAGACAGUUUCCACCUGGAGAUGUUGCCCAGGUACUAGAUUCUGCUGUUUCAAGUUUGAAGCCAUAUUGUUCUCAGAAUCUUCAGAUUGACACAGAGAUACAGAAAUGUAUGGGAAUUGUUAGGAAUCAGAUAUUGGCGCUAUUACCCACAUAGACAGGUAUUCAUUCCUCGGUUGUUGUAAACAUUUGCAUUCCUUUUCUCUCAAACUCCUAUCCAUUUUACUUACUAAUUUUUUUUAACCUUUAAUAGGAAGAGAUACAUGUAUCAAUUACUAUCAAACUUCUUGUCAGCAUUGUGAAACCAAUUAAUUUCU